UCCACGUGCCACAUCCCCACAUCUGUCAAAAGCCCACUGGACUGCCGAAAGUGAACAUGUAAGCCUAGUCUGCAUAACCCAGUCUUGGGCUUGCUCCAAAAAUCAGGCUGCAAGCCCAACACCACACCGUUGCGGAUCCGUGAGCUGAACUGGCUCCGACUAAUUCGGCCUGCCCUGCCCAAUACCCCAUCCAUACACAUCGAGACGCCGACCGCCGACCUGGGAGCCCUGUGAGACCCUGUCCCGUCCGUACCAAUCUCCGCCAUGCCGCCCCCGGAGACGGAGCCACGAAUCUCGUCGAUCGUUGGCUGCAGGGCCGCCGCCACCGCCGGCCGACGCCGCCACCGAUCUCCUAGCCCCGACCGAGACCGUCACCGCCGCCAUCACGAAGGUGACGGCCAGGGAUUGAAGGGAUCGUCCCUGGCCCGUAGGGUGUCGGAUUCCAGCGAAUCGGACGGUUCGAGGAGCGACGGCAGGCACCGGCGCCGCUGUAAGGAACGUGGACGCGGCAGAAGAGGCAAGGAAAGCCGGCGCCGCCAUCGCGGCCGAUCGCGUGGCAGCGAUGAUGACGACUCCGAGAUCUCCUACGACUCCGUGGGUUCAGGAGACGGAAAGAGGAGGAAAAGAUCAAGGAGAAGCAGUCGCAACGGCUCAAGGUCAAGGAGGAAGAAGAGCAGGGGAUCAGAUUCCCAUGGGUCGGGUAAACCAAGUGGCGGCGCCCGCAGCAAUGUCAAGACCAGCGACGAACCGAAGGAGGCGCUCGAGUUCAGGGAGAUGAUCGAAGAGGCGCCGCCAGGGCCGAUGCCGAUGCCGCAGCCCCGCGCGGAGGCGCAGAUCGUCAAGUACGGCGGCGCUCUGCGGCCGGGGGAGGGCGACGCGAUGGCGCAGUUCGUGCAGCAGGGGAAGAGGAUCCCGCGGCGCGGCGAGGUGGGCCUGACCGCGGAGGAGAUCCAGAGGUUCGAGGCGGCCGGGUACGUGAUGAGCGGGAGCAGGCACUCGAGGAUCACCGCCGUGCGCCUCCGCAAGGAGAACCAGGUGUACAGCGCCGAGGAGAAGCGCCGCGCGCUCGCCACCUUCAACUACGAGCAGAAGGCGGCGCGGGAGAGGAAGGUCAGGGACGACCUCAGGCGCCUCGUCGACAGGGCGCUCGGCAAACUCGCCCAGACGGCGGAGCAGCACGAUCCGUUCGCUGAUAAGUAGGAACACGAUACGCGAUGCCAGUUGCAGUUUAAACUUUCUGCCCUUGCUGUCAGAUAUAGCACGAACUGUUUGAUUGUCUUCGCUUUGUUCUUCAGCGCAUUUUGCACAAAAAUGUUGACAUGCCUUUAUGUUCCUACUUAAGUUUGGUGGGUCGAUGGUCUGUAAA